AUGUCUUUGGGUCUGGGCAAUGACGAGCUGCUGUCUCGAUUCGACAGCCUUGUCGCAAAUGGGAUCAUCACUCACCACCCUUCUCGGGUGACCGAGUUCGAACAGAAAGGAUUCCGAUUCAGAUACGAAGUCACGAACUCACUUGCGGGCAAGAAGGCUGCAGAACUGGCUUUCAUUGUCCCCGAACUUAGGGAACAAUCCAACAGUCGUCCUGGAACACCCCCACAAACAUUCGGGCCAGGGAGCGAUAUUGGCAAUGCUCACCCUGAUCUGCUGGUCUCUACGAUCAACGAUACGCAUCUGGUUGUGAUGAACAAGUUCCCCGUCUUUCGACCGCAACUGCUGCUUUUGACGAUCGAUUCAUUUCAACGCCAGCAUCAGCCUCUCUCCCUAGCUGAUCUGCAAGCAGCAUGGACGCUACUGGCCAGCACAGGCAAUCGAUUUUAUGUUAUGUUCAACGGUGGCUUUACCGCGGGAGCCAGUAGGCACCACAAGCAUCUGCAGGUGCUUCCACACCCUGAUGCACCAGGGCUAGACAUGUCUUGGUGGGGUCUAUUCCCAGAUCGCGAACAAGCCAUGCCUGUGUCUUCAGUUCCCUUCAUUCAUUUUCUACAUCGCUUCAGUAAGCCUGCCGUGACGGCAUUAGAAGUCUUUGAUGUAUAUCUACGGUUUCUUGGCGAUCGCAGACACGUUUUGGCUCUUCCGGACGACCAGGUCGAGGUCCCGCAUAAUGUCGUGAUCACAAAGCGGUGGAUCGUGGUCAUCCCGCGGUCGAAAGAGAACAUUGAUGGCACGACUGCAAAUAGUGCUGGUAUGAUGGGCUCGGUCUGGUUGAACAAUGAGCAGCAGCUGGAGAAAUGGAUUGCGCAAGGUCCUUCCUGGGUUUUGUCGCAAUUGGGGCUAUCGGCAGGAGAGCUGCCCACCACGUAA